AUGCCUCCGAGACUACGAGCCUGUGACGGCUGCUCCAAAAGAAAGAUCCAAUGCGUCAGGCCAGAUCCCGAAGGGCGGUGUGAACGCUGCUCGAAGCUUCAUAUCGAGUGCGUGACGACCAGGGAAUCACAUAGUACACCAAAUGUGGUAGGCGCAUUGGUAAAGAAGGUGGCGACACUGGAGAGCCGAGUCGCUGAGCUUGAAGCAUCUCUUGUGCAGAUGCGCUCCGAGAUUAGUGCAACUCGGGCCGCCAGUCCACUUCCAACGUUGCGAGGUAAUUCUGAGGAUACCACGGGUUGUAUCUCACCAUAUCUCCAGCAAAAUCCCGCAAAUGCCGUAUCGGUAUCGAUCUGGACAUGUCUCGGACAGCACUGGUACUUCAAGGGCAUACCCAUCAAUUCCCCCCAAGGUCGAGAGUGGAUAUCCUCCAAGAUUGGCGAAAACGUCUCCCUAGAUGGGUUCCGUCUCUUUGGGUCGCAGAACCACUAUUUUAGUAGCUCAUCACCUCCAUUCACCUUCCCAGAACGACAAAUGAUAGAAGCAUUUCUAAAUUCGUACUUCACGUCACCCUGGCGACUUUUAUACCCCAUCAUUGACGUCGCGCUUGUUAAGGAGACGUUGGCGGCGGCUUAUACCGAGUCACAGUCAGCGCAGAUGUGCUUUUUGGCGUUCAUGGCUCUGUGUUCACGGUUGAAGGGCUCUCUGCUGCAACCUGAUGAUAGUGAUGCCUAUAUACGUGCGUCGCACAGCUAUUUGCCGCAGUUACUUGGCCAGAGCACCCUGGAAAGCCUUCAAACAGUCAUCAUGCUUCAAAUAUACCAUCUGCUCUCAGGCCAGUGGAGUGCCGCUGCUGAACUUCAUCCCUACGCCUGCCGUGCUAUAUACGAUCUGAAAGGCCACAUCGCACAUCCAUCCGGGCCAGACACUGGAGUUGGUCGUCGGCAAAGACAUAUCCGGAACCUCUUCUGGCUGUGUUACAUUCUCGACAAAGAUAUAGCCCUAAAGUACGGAAGACCACCUUGUCUGACGAGGGACUAUUGUGACCUGACGCUGCCGGAUGAUUGGGCAAGGGUAUAUCAGGACCGGGUUGGCACUACUCAAGGUGGGAUGUUCCUCCAAGACGACUCUAUGUGCUUCUCGCAGGACCUUUGCUUGUCGCAGAUCAAAGAAAAGAUUUGUCUAUUUCUCUGCUCGCUGGACAAUUCGAAACUAUUGGAUGCAGCGAUUCUUGGACAAGUUCGCCAACUGGAUGUUGAUCUCGAGACGUGGCGCUCAAGUAUUCCUGUGGCUUAUAGGCCGAAGUGGUCUAUGAGUUCAGAACACCCGCUCCUGCACCCAGAUAUGUCUUUUGUUCAAAGAAUAAGAUGCGUCCAUCUGCAGCUGGAGUACAAAUACCUAAUGACGAUGAUUCAUACCGCCGUCCGGAGAUGCGGUGCACUAUACGGAGUAGACGAUAAACUUCCCGAUGAUCUACAUAGUGUUUAUCAUUCAAGUAGUGAUAUCUCUCUCGAGGCGAGUCGCACUACUCUUCAGAUCUUCAAAUCACAUAUAGAUAUCCUUCAAGAGGACAUGUUUGGUCAUAUCGCUAUUUAUCCACCGAUAGCAGCCAUGGCACUGUUCAUGAACCUUCUCCUCCAUCAGUCUGAUCCACGGGCCCGAAGCGAUCUUGAUCUCUUAGCGGGCUGCGCAACACUGUUCCAGGAUAUGCCGAUGGCGGACUUGACGGAUAAUGAUAUCGACUGUAUUCAAGAGCUGAACCGGUUCAUUUCCGAACUGGUCCGUCUUGGGAACAGUGCGAUAUGGAAGGCGAAGAGAGAAUGGAGGAGCACAACCGGGAUAUCAUCAUGA